AUCGUUUAGUACCUUUACUAUUCACUUAUCCCAGACAUACAAUACAGAUAUGCUUUACAUACACUGUGCAACCCUGUUUUUUGAUGAUGUGUGUAUAUUAAUAUGUAUAUUCAUAUAUUCACCAGGGGUAUGCCUUGCCAAACACGAGAGUGAUUAUAGUACCACAGCCAUCAACGACAAUGGCCCUAGCCGGGACUAUGGAAUAUUUCAAAUCAACAGCAAAUGGUGGUGUGAUGAUGGGAAGACACCAGGAAGUAAAAAUGCAUGCGGAAUCAGCUGUCAAAGGCUUUUGGAUGAUAACAUUCUUGAUGACAUAGAAUGCGCUAAGAGGGUUGUAAGUGACCCCAAUGGCAUGGGAGCCUGGGUUGCCUGGAGAAAGAAGUGCAAGGGGAAAGACUUGAGUCCAUAUACUGCAGGAUGCUAAAAUCAUCUGUAAAGUAUAACCGUGCAAGGAACCUGCUCACAAUAUACUAUUUUUUGUUUAGCUUAUGAAGUUUAACAUUGUCUAUUAAAGCUGAAUCUCAAAAAAAUAAUUACAU